UUUUUGUAACUUUUAAAAAAUUUAUUUAAAAUUUAAAACAAAGGCAAAGUAGAGAAAGGAUACGACAAUAACAACGAUAAUAUAGGAUUAAAAAAGAAAUCUAAGCUAACGCAACAAACAUCCGAAAUAACUGAUGAUACAACCUAAGGCACAGGAAAAUGACCACUUUAAAAUCUGAAAUUUUCAAAGUGAACCAAAAGAAAACAUAUGCAAAAAUUCACAUCACAGCUUCAUGGAAUGAUUUACGUAUCUAUCUAGUAGUAAGUAACUGAGGUUGUUCGGAUUUCACACAAAACGAGAGUUCAUCGCCUAUUUAUCACUUAUAAUUUACUGAUACUUCGUGGUUAAUAGAUGAUGAAUGUUGAAAACUAAAAAAAAAACAACAGCGGGAAACAAAAGAAUAUUACUGAAAUGCAACUAUCAGCUGCCGAAUUUGGAAGAUUGAAAAGACAGUUCCACCAUCAAAAAUGGAACAAAACAAAAAGAAAAGCGGAACUACAACAUUUGCCUUCUUGGAUCUAACCUACGCCAAUCAAACAAGCAAAAUUUACCAAACCACAAAAAGGAUUCCGAAAUUUGAAUAUAUUCAUGCAUCUGAAUUUUCAAUUCGACUUCAGGUGAGUGGCAUGAGAAUACUCAAGUAG